AUGUUUAUCAUUUUGCAUUUCUUUCCGUCACUUUGUUACCGCGGUAGGAAUUGUAGGUUAUUUUCAUAUAUGUAGCGUCUAUUGAAUUUUCGAAUUCAUUUAAUGUCUCCUAAGCUUGUUCUUCAAUAUUUAUUAAAUGACUUUGAAUUGAAUUGAAUUAAAUUGAAAAGUGAAACAUUGUGGCUGUUUAAUAUUUGUGAAUACAUAUCAAUUUUGAUUAGCAAUGAAGAUGGGAAAAAAAGUUAGGGAAUAUAAAGCAGGAGACUUUAUAUUCGCUAAAGUGAAAGGAUAUCCAGCGUGGCCUGCAAGAGUGCAACGACCAAAUGGAAAGAAAUACUUUGUGUAUUUUUAUGGGACGGCUGAAACAGCGAAUUUGCCACCAAAUAUGAUUUUCGAUUACGCCGAGAAUAAAGAUAAAUUUUUAACUAAAACAGUUAAACGGCGAGAUUUUAAUGAUGGCGUUAAACAGAUCGAAUAUGACUUCGCCAAUAAUGUUCCGCUGGAGCAAGUUGUUGGUUCGUCUGCGACUGAUCCAUCGAACAAUGAAACGCAUGAAGAUGACUCCGCUCUUGACACUACAGCUGAUGACACGAUGGCAGAUGAGUCUUCGCUUAAUAUUACCCAUGACACUUCAAUUGACGAAUCGGACGUUGGAUUAGUCAUUGACGAAGUUAAGCCUAAAGGCAAGAAGUCGAUAAAAACAGCAAAGGAAACACCGAAGAAGGAAGUAAAAACACCGAAAGCUAAGAAGAACGAGGAAGAAGAGAAGAAGGAAGAGGAACUUGUUAGUAGAAGCGGAAGGAAGAUCAGACCGAAGAGAUACAUUGACGAACAUACAGAGGAGAACACGGCGUUGCAAUCCCCAGCUGUGAAGAAGAAACGCGCGAUUUCACCAGUCCUGGAAAAGGAGGACAAGAACGAAGAGUUAUUACACUAUAAUGUUAUUUCACAGUCAGAACUUGAAGAGCUUAAACAACCCUUCAAUGCUGUGGAGCCAGACAGGGAGAACAUAUUGAUUGCAUAUCUACCUACGGGACAGUAUAUUGGCAUCAAGCUGUUCCAAUCAAGGCCAACCAACUUCAAGAAUGAGGGUGGUAGGCUGAAAUGGGACAAGCAGCAGGCGGCGAAUGCUAUCGCGUUGAAACAACAGUUAGAGCAAGGCCAGAUAAAUGCUGAAUCUGUGGUUGGACAACUUCUUAUGGAUUUACAUUUGAGCGAUGAAGAGAAGGAGCUCUUGGACAAGGAAAGGGACCUUGAUGAAAAGAAAUCCCGACUCCAAUUCCUGAAGACGGAAGUGAAAAUGAUGGAAUUGGACGCGAAAAUUAAAACUUGUCUUUGUCUAGAGAAGGCGGACACAAAAAUGUGUCUCAAGCUGUUGGACGAGUUGUCGGAACUGGACACCAAGCCCCUCAUGCUGCUCAAGCACCCGGCGUGCUUGGAGACCGUGAAACGCAUGCGCGCGUACGUGGGCAACACGGCCUCGUGGGACCUCACUGAGGCGGAGGUUGUCCUCUUCAGCAAACACGCGCAUCGAAUACGGAAGCAGGCGGACGUCAUCUACAACAGCAUGAAGAAACUCUUCCCUACCCCCGAAGGUCUAUCAUUCUUCGAGUACUUCACCGAAAGAGUGGCGCUCUUCAAACAGAUCACCAGCAAAAUGUCCCAAGAGGAGGCUAUGGAAAUGGUUCACGAACCCAUAGAAAUGUCACAGCCGACAUCUCACACGAUGAUCUCUGCCGUUCAAUCGGCGAAUGAGAUCACCGACUUAGUAGACCGUCAGGCGAAGCAGAUUGGUAAAGCUAAGAAAAUAGCGAAUACACCGACAAAGACCCCGGUGAAGAAGAAUGCGAAGAAGCAAGAACAGAAGCCACAAGAGAAGAAAGCAGAGGAGGAUGAAAAUGAAGCUGAGAUAGAAGAUGAGAGCGAGAAGGAAGAGAUGAAAGCGGAGGAAGAAAAUGCAAAAGACGAGAAAGAUGAGAACAACGAUGAAGAAAGCAUGGAGAAAGUAGAUUCGAAUACAGACACAUCAAAUGACACAAAAAUGGAGACAAAUGAUCAAAUCAUAGACUUAGAUAAGGAGAUGGAGGAAGACACGGAAGAAAAGGAAAAGGAAGAGAAAGCGGUGCAGAGAAAAUUGAGCACAGAAUCAAAAUCGAGUUUUGAAGAGAAGGAAGAGGAAUCCAAAGCUAAGAGAACGAGAGAGAGCAAGAAGACUGACCAACCACCUCCGAAAUCUCCUGCGAAAAGAAAAUCAAAAGCAUGAAUAAUUAAUAUCAAUGUCAGUAUCAGAGUCGAUCAUAUUAACAAUUAUUUUUACAGUUUAUAUUUAAAUCGAGCAUAUAAACGAUUUUGACUCUAAUUAAACUACAUAGUAGCGAUAAUAUAGUAUUGUAAAAUAAUGAAGCGUUCUAUUUACGUAUCGUGAUUGUAAUGGAUGAUUGAUUUUUAAUAAUUUGACAUAUUCCAAUGUUAAACCAAUAUGAUUCAUCUAAUAAUUUUUAUUGAGAAGUUUUAAAUUGAUUAAAAUUAUUAUUAAAGUUUAAAACUUGACGUUAAAAUUACUUACAAAAAUUACUUUUGUUUAAUAAUUCACAUUUAAGUGACAUUGAAUUUUAAAUUAGGACAUUAAGCACCGUGGUACAUAAAUCAUGUA